UUGAAUUGCUACGUCAGUCAAGUUGUCAAACAAAAUAUAGAAUUUUCAUAAUAAAGCCAAUGUGUGUACUCAAAUAAACUCUUAUUAGUUGCCAUUCAAGACUUGAACAGUACGUAUGAACUUGGAUGAUACACAUUCAUCAUAUUCUCAAUUUGCUACACGCCGUUCUUUGAUUCUAAUUAUAAAGUGAUUAUUUAUUCAUAUUCAGUGAAAUUUAACAUGAGUAGCAUAAAAAAUAUGGAAGCUGCCCAAGAAUUUACUGAUGCACUUAAUCAUUGCAUAGAUCUUUUACGACAGAAUAAUUACAUUACCAAUUCUAAUAAUGAUGUGAUCUCUCGACGAGCUGCUGUAUUCGGUCAAUAUAUGUACGAGUAUUUGAUGCAAUGCAGAUUUGUGUGGAUGUACCAAAGACCUGAAAAUCAACUACAAGAAGUGCCUGUAGAGAUUAGUAACGAGACGGAUUCAAUUCAGUCUACAACAGAGCAUGAACUUUCUGGAGCUGCUGCUACGAAUUCAGAAAUAGACCAGCUUCUAAGUAACACAGAAAUAAAUUCUUCAAAUUCAAAUGGAUUUUAUUAUACAAUUAAAAUUGAUCAACUCCCAAUGGCAAAUUGUAAUGAUGAAAAAAAGGAUGUGGUGAAUGAAAGAGCUGUAGUACCAUUUGUUAAGUCAGUGGAGUUAAUUAGAGAUGGAAAUUCUUGUCAAAGUAGUCCAGAAACAUCAAUAAAUUUAACACCAAGAAUGACUCCUAAACCUUUAACAAGGAAAAGAUAUUCAAUGUCAUCAAGAAAUUCUUCAAAAGCCACUGAAGAUUUAAACAAAACAAAUGAUGAUAAUAAUAACAGUCAUAAUAAUCAUGAAAGCUUACUUAAUGAAUCACAAAAGCGUUCAGGGAAGAAGAAAGUAGUUUCCUUAGAAGAGAAACAAAAAGUUGUUGAACUUGCUCAAGCAAAUCCAACUUGGUCUUUAGAAUUAUUACAAAAACAUGGAUCUCCAAAGCUACAAACUUUAGCACAACUUCGUACAUGGCAACGACAAAUCAAUAAAGGAGCUUCUACUCGUGAUAGUUUUCAAAUGAUUGAAAGAUGGACUUAUGCAAAUUAUGCAGAUGCAGUAAAACACCAACGACGAAUUACUAAAAAAAUGGUACGCGACUGGGCUAUUCAAGCUGGUACUUUGUUUUUGGACUCAAAAGGUAAACAGGCCUUCAAAGCCUCAGGACUUUGGGUUACUACAUUUAUAAAGAAAUAUAAUGUCCAGAUAAGUGGGAAACGUAACAAAAAAGCUGUAAAGUCAGAAGAAGAAUAAUAUUCGCAAUUAUUUUUAUAUACUCAAUGUUUCAAUUAUGUAUUUUUUAAAGGUUAUUUAUGAAAUUUAAAAAAUUUAUUAUAUAUGACGUUGAACUUAAUAUGCAAAAUAUUUCUAGCUUUGUAAAUCCAAAGAAUAGAAAAAAAUUGUUAUUUCUUUGUAUAGUUUAUGUUCGAAAAAAUAUAUUUUAUC